AUGGAUAGAGCUAAGGAGACUAUUGCUAAAACCUUUGGUGAUGAUCUUUCAAAAUAUUCUGAAGUAUUUGAUAUCAUUGAUAAGAGGUGGCAGGAUCAGCUUCAUCGGCCUUUGCAUGCUGCAGGAUAUUACCUUAAUCCUGCAUUUUUCUAUGACCAUCCAAACAUCCAAGGGGAUGACGAAGUGAUGAGAGGUCUUUAUCAAGUCAUUGAGAAGAUGGUGCCCACACAAGACCAAGACAAGGUUGAUAGGCAGUUGGAUAUAUACAGGCAUGUUGGGGGUCUUUUUGGUAUGGAGAUAGCUAAGAGAAAUAGAAAGAAGAAGUCUCCAGCUGAUUGGUGGGAGUCUUAUGGUGCAUCAGCACCAGAGUUGCAGAAGCUUGCUGUUAGAGUCCUCAGCCUUACUUGUAGCUCCUCCGGCUGUGAAAGAAAUUGGAGUACUUUUGAGCAAAUACACACCAAGAAGAGGAAUAAAUUGGAUCAUAAGAGGCUACAAGAUCUAGUUUACUGCAAGUACAACCAAGCUUUGAAGGAGAGAUAUGACUGCAGAGAUUCUAUUGAUCCGAUUAAGUUGGCUGAUAUAGAUGAAAGCAAUGAAUGGUUGUUAGGGAAGUUCGGUGAAGGUGAGAAUGCAGAGAAUGACUUAGUGGAGGGCGAGGACAAUCUUACAUAUGGUGUCAUAGGAGAUGCGAUGGGAGCUGAAGAAGAUGAUUCUAUGUAUCUAAGAUCGACUAAUAGGUUUCGAGGGUCUUCGAGUGGUAUUGGUUCUUCGUCGAGGAGGAGGGAGCCAGUUUCUGAGUCAGAAGAUGAAGAGGAGUUUAAUGAUGAGGAGGAGACUGAAGAUGAGGAUAUACCCUUAGAAGGGGAUGAUGAUGAUGUUAAUGAGGAUGAUUAGAAUCAUUAGGCUAUUAUUUUGCUACUUAUUUACUUUGUUUAAUUAGAUUGCUUGUUUUGCUUUGAUGUUAGUGAACUUUGGAAGUGUUCUAGUUGCUUAGUUUUUUUGUUUUGAUGGACAUCUUGAUUUGCUUUAAUGAUUAAAACUUUAUCUUGUGAUCCGGUAGUAUAUAUUUUAUCUUGAGUCCUUGACAUUUUCAUGUGAAAUUUCACAAAUAUUUAUUUUUUUCAUGCAUCUUGUAUAGUUGUAUAUCUUCAAAAAUUUUAUGGUCUAGAGUGCGCCUCGCUUCGCUCGGGCGCGCGCAUCGCAUUGCGCCUUGCGCAUGUACGCGUAAACUGACUUUGCGCCCCGCAUUGCGCCUCGCGCAUU